UAUUUAUCGAGUUGAGAGAGAGAGAUAGAUAGAGAAAGAGCUGCAAGCGGCUGACGACCGAAACUUUCAUGCCACCGCUCCCACCGAUCUGUCAAAUCACUUGCUGAUUUUUCCAGUUGUUAUUGCUCCCCUGAUAGUAUGGAUUUGGGAUCUGCUGAUCCCGAAACAGAUUAUUCUUCAAAUGAGUCAUCAUCUAGGCUGUCUGCUGCUGGCAUAUCCAUGUGGGCCAAGAGUUUAAAAAUUCCUCAGCCAUUCAGUUCUACUCAAGAGGAAUCAUCCCCUGGAAAUGCUGGAAAGUCUGCACUUGCUCGCUUUACAAGUGGGAUAGGACUGCGUCUGUCCCCAAAAUCUCCUCCCACAGAUAAUGAUUCUGAUGGAGCAUCAACAACAGCACAAUCUGGUUUUAUUGGAUCCAUCACUAAAGGGUUGGUGGAUUCCUCAAAGAAUGCAGUGAAGGCUGUGCAGGUCAAAGCUCGCCAUGCUGUUUCCCAAAACAAGAGAAGAUAUCAGGAAGGAGGAUUUGAUUUGGACCUGACUUACAUCACAGAGAAUAUAAUUGCUAUGGGGUUCCCUGCUGGUGAUAUGAGUUCCGGCAUUUUCGGAUAUGUGGAGGGAUUUUAUAGGAAUCACAUGGAAGAAGUCAUCAAUUUCCUUGAAACACAUCACAAGGAAAAAUAUAAAGUGUACAACUUGUGCUCUGAGAGGUUGUAUGAUGCAUCACUUUUUGAAGGAAAGGUGGCUAGUUUCCCAUUUGAUGACCAUAAUUGCCCCCCUAUUCAACUCAUAAUAUCCUUCUGUAAAAGUGCAUACUCGUGGUUGAAAGAGGAUAUAGAGAAUGUCGUAGUGGUGCACUGCAAGGCUGGAAUGGCCCGGACAGGCCUGAUGAUAUCUAGUCUUCUUUUGUAUCUGAAGUUCUUUCCCACAGCUGAGGAAUCCAUGGAUUAUUACAACCAAAAGAGAUGUAUAGAUGGCAAAGGGCUUGUGCUGCCAAGUCAGAUUAGGUAUGUGAAGUACUUUGAACGAACAUUUACAUACUUUAAUGGAGAAAACCAGCCGGGAAGAAGGUGCUUACUCAGGGGAUUUCGGCUUCACAGGUGUCCUUACUGGGUUAGGCCAUCCAUCACUGUUUCUGAUCACAAUGGUGUUCUGUUCUCUUCAAAGAAACAUCCAAGAACCAAGGAUCUCUCUUCGGAGGAUUUUUGGUUUAGUGCUCCUAAGAAGGGUGUGAUGGUUUUUGCUUUGCCUGGAGAGCCUGGACUUGCUGAACUUGCUGGUGACUUCAAAAUUCAUUUUCAUGACCGUCAGGGAGAUUUUUACUGUUGGUUAAACACAACAAUGAUUGAGAACAGAAAGAUCCUAUCAACAAGUGAUCUUGACGGGUUCGACAAGAGGAAACUCCCAUCUCCUGGAUUUCAAGUUGAGGUUGUACUUCUUGAUAUUAACGCACCUACAACUCCCACUACUCCUGUUGAAGAACCUGCUUCCGAUAAACCAAUUGAGAGCACAGAUGCUACUCCAGUCCCUAUUUCAGGUGAAACGACAACUUCAAACAAAGAUGACGUCUUCUCCGACAGUGAGGCUGAUGAAUCGGGAUCUUCAAGAGGCAGGAGAACGGAAGAAGCAGCAGCAACCCCACCUAAGGUUGCUCCUCAGGAAGUCUCUAAUACUCCUCCUGUUGAUUCUACUACAAAAGCAAAUAAAGUGGAAGAUUGACUCGCGAGACUGCUCGAAUCAGUAUAGGAAAGGCAAGCGAAAACCAUCCUAAUAGUAAGAAUAGUAAAGAAGGGUCAUUUCCUCCUGCUGCUACUACUACUACUGAAUCAUCAUCACCUUCUGCUGGUGCUGGGGAGGAGAGUUAUGAUUUCAAGGCAAUGGCUGCCGAUGCAUCUGUUUUCACAUUUGGAGACGAGGAAGACGACGAAGACCUUCUAUAGUCAUUGACUCUGUCCUCUUCUAUCUGUAAAUAUAUUAUAUGCUUUGUAAAAGAAAAAGAAAGGUCGCCACCACCACCACCACGUCUCCACCCAUUGUCGAUACACCUCAGCUCUUUUCCAUUGAUUUUCAUUUGUGGGCUUUUUCUCCAGCUUCUUCUUCUUCAUAUUAUUCAUGUUAAAAUAGGGGCUGCGGAGUCCUCCAAGGUCAGCUGGAGUUGUUGCUAAAAGGAAAUUCAUGGUUGGAGUAUAUUAUCUUUAUUAUUAUUAUUAUUAUUAUUAUUAUUAUUAUUAUAAUUGCUGUUGAAGUGAAGUGAAUGAUAAAUUUGUACACCUCCUCUUUCUAUGUUGAAUGUUUUUUUUAUCAGCUAA